UAUCAAUAUGGCGACUUCCUGUUGUUUUGAUCUUGAUUUCAACGGAUUUUAUUAAAACAGAAUUAAAGUUUUUUUUACAUACCACAGUGAAGAAAAACACACAGAUAUUGAAUUGCCAAGGUUGUGACGAUUAUGUGGAAUGAAGAUCCAUGAGUUGCCAUGCUUACUGUCGAUGUUACUCCUUGUUUUUGUGGGCCAGGUACAUCAUAUGAAAGUGGUAGUAUGUCCCAGAGAAUGCUCUAGAGAUGAAGAAACUUUAACAUGUAAUGGUAUCACAAACGAUGCUCUGCCUAAUCUGUAUAAAUGUGUCAAUGUAUUCCCAGAUAUACAAGUAAUUGAUAUAAGAAGCUCUAUCACUUGUGAUUGCAGUUUACUAUAUUUAACAAAUCAUCAUGUUAAUCCUAAUUUACUGGUCUUUGCUCCUGUCACCUGUCCACAGGAUACAGUUGCUGCUUGUGGUUUUGAUCAUUCCAAAAAGAAAUCAGAUAUGGUGGAAAUAGCAGGAAAGAUGUUCGAAAUUCAGGACGAGGAUUUACCCAAUAAAGUAGAUAAACACGUAGAGGAUCUUGUCAAGAAACUGGGUCAGGUUCUAAACUCAAAGAAACGACUUCAGUACAUUCAUGCAAUUUUUUUGAGUACAAAGGAAGCGAUUGGGAAAUUAACACAUUUGCAGGACAGUUUAUCACAAGUGUCUACGAGUAGCAGUCCAGCCACCACAAGCACACCAACUUCAACCCAAGGAGUUCAGAUCCCUCGAUACCCAUCUAACUCAAAUCCAUUCUUCAGUAUAUACAAAAAACCACAUUUGUUGUCCAGCAAGACUGUAGGCUACGUCCAACAGCCUCACAACCAUCAGGAAGCAUAUCCAUUCCAAGUUCAUGUAUUCCAUCAUGGUCCAGCCAAUGAUGACAAAGUUCAAUUAAAGCUGCCCUUUAACCAACCAACACAAACAACUACCCUACAAAAUCCGACUCCCACAGCCCGGUCUUGGUCAUACGAUCGUUCUUAUGUUCAUCAGCCUCAUCACCGAACUGAUGUUGUUCCAAUUCAAGUAAAUAUACCAUAUCAUACGAGUAGUGAUACAGAAUCCAUAGGGAACCCAGAGUCAACUACACAUAGAACAACUUCGACCGUACAGUCAACAACAGGCACAUCACAUUCAGUAUUAACUAGAAAAAGGCCACAUAUUGCUCCGCAUCGACCUCCAUUUGGAGCUCCUAGCGGACCUUUUAUGCCGUACUACGGGAAGCGCCUUCUACCAGGGUAUAGGCGGCCAAAUGGGCAUCAUAAACGUAUACUUGCAUCAGAGGAAGCGAGCUGGUACAAGAAUCCCUAUUACUAUAAUCCAGAAGGUCUUUGGAAUUUAGCCAGAACGUCAACAGCAGCAACAACCACUGAGUCUUUAGCUGAAGAAAUUCGUGAAAAUGACACUAGGAUGAAACUGAUUAUAUUUGGUUCUAUCAUAGCCUUUAUAGUUCUGGUUAUAACGAUUAUACUUGUUAUUAUUAACGGUGGUAAAGGUACAGAUAAUAGUAAACAUCAGCAUGGCGAUCUCGACUUGGAAAGUUUUAAGCAGACUAUAACACUUUGGAAAAAAUUGAAAGGAAAGAUGCAAGUAGACUAUCGCCGACGGGAAACAACCGGAAAGCAUACUACUCCAAGUAGAAAGACAUCUAGAGCUCUCAAAGAGACAGAGAUUAUCAAGCAAUCUCUUCAAAACAUGCCACAAACUAAUCUAUUACAAACGGCCGGUAAUGAUGCCGCAGCAGUAUCUGGUUUAACUACAGCAAUCACACAACAACCUGCUUUACAACAUACUACACCCAAAUCAGAAAGGCAGAUAGAUAAACUCCAUAAAAUGAAGCCCACGCGUCCAAUAGGUCCAGAUGGAUUUCAAACCAGGCUGAUCUAUCGAGAUCACAAUCAUCAUACUCGCAAUCUUGCUACUGUAGCUCUCGCCGUAAUGGACAAAUCCAAAUCUAAAAAUGCUCAGCAAAUACAGCCCUCAAGUUCUUCCGAUUCAAGCUCGAGUUCCACAAAAAACCCUGAAGUGACUGAUUCACAAUUACCUACUAGUAAAAAAUCAGAACCUGGACAACAAGUGAAUAAUACUGAUAAAGAAGAACAGAGGAAUGUUGCUCCUGAAUCCUCUGAGGAAGGCUUGUUUGCGAGCAAUUUAAUGAAAAAAGAUGUUGAACCAACAAAACCCCCAGUCGACCAGCCAUUGAAAUCAAAAAUUUUUGUUGAUAAAACUUUUGGCACCCCUACUUCAACUGAUGGCCAAUCAGAUAAUUUCGGUGCCAGAAAAGCUGUCAAGACAUUUCAACCAAAAUCACAAGAAUUGGGUCGCGGAGGAAGACUAAUGGGCGUGGGAGACAAUAAGUAUUUUGAAGUCACAUGUACUUUCAUGGACUUCCAAGAGCGUGAAAGAUCAAGAGCAGUAAGAAAAAAGAAAUUGGCACGUGCUCAAUUCCUGGCUUAAAGUUUCACUGCUACUGUUUAAGGGAGAUGAAGAAGAAACUUAUUCAUCAACGCCGUAAAUCUACUGGGGGUGGAUUCUCUGAUGAUGACAAUUGAACAUAACUUUUCAAAUAUGUCCAAUGGAUGAAAAGACUGUUUAAAACGUGCCUUUUAAUGGCUAAUCCAAAGUUAGAGAUAGGCCUACAUUUUGCAUCCCAGUGAUCAUUAUAAAUAAGGAGGUUGGGUGAUAUGGUCUUUGUAUAGAUUUUUGAUAAAAAUUAAUUGGACUGGUCAGUUUUUUCAUUGAUUAUCCUUCAGAUAUGAAUCUUAUGUAAUUGUAUUUGGUUUAAUAAUAGUAAGAUUUCAGAUGUGGAUACUGGCAAUUUGAUUUGAUUUGAAAUUUACAUGUCUUAAGUCUUACUUAUCAAUUGUAUAUAUUAGUUUCCAUUAAAUUGUUUCAUACUAA